AUGAGACCUGACACCCACACCAAUUCAUCUCCAUCCCCUGAUACAGGCCAUGCUUGCAAAUCCAACCCACAUGAGAUAUACGGCAAAGAUAUAGAUCCGGAACAGCUCGAGUCCAUACUGGAAGAUGAACCCUGGGUGUAUCUAGCUCAUCCCGAUACCAAUCCAUGCUGGAAUGGUGGCAAACACGCAGGUCUCAAAGACACGCUCGUCAUCACCGUCAUCGAUACCUGCUGUGAGGAAGGCACUCCUCCACUCGUCGGAAACAUUAUCCCGACAGCCCACGUUGCGGAAUUAAGUGCUGGGAUUGUUGCGCCAGCUAUCGUUGCCCAGAAAAGGGAAUUCGUUGCCGAGAGCAUGACUGAGGACGUGUUUAAAUGGAAACAGAACGGGUACAUUGAUGCUGACGGCGCUCCUGUGGCUUGUGGGAUGCUUUUCGAGUCCAUUGAUAAGGGCGUGGUUCAAUGA